CCUUGUUCUGCUCCAAUGAAUUAUUAAAGCCCAUGUUCAAUUUUUGUAGGUGCUGCUGAUAAGUGGAACCCCGGGAGGCUGAGUUAAGCACCAUGGCUGAAGGAGUUGUAAGGAGGAAUUACACCACAUGGGAUGAUGAGAUGGAUGGUGCACUGCUUGAGGUGCUUGUUGAUCAUCACAACAAUGGCGACCAUUCACAAAAUGGAUGGAAACCACAUGUGUAUUGUGCAGCCAUAAGGAAUAUGAAGGAGAAGUGCAACAAGGAUAUCACAAAGGACAACAUUUUGGGAAGGCUUAGGACUUUCGACAGGUACUAUGAAGUCAUUACCAAGAUACUUUCCCAAAGUGGUUUUGGGUGGGAUUGGGUGAAUCAUAAGCUAUCAAUGGAUAGUGAUGAUGUCUGGAUCAAAUAUGUGGAGGCUAAUAAGAAAGAGAAAGGAUUAGCUUCCUACAAGACCAAAGUAGUGAAGCAUUGGGAGUCCACAUCUAUCAUAUAUUCAAAAGAUCAUGCCAAUGGUGAAGGUGCGAUGACUGGUGCUGAGACUGCUGCAGAUCCAGAAGCAGAACCAAUAGAAAUCUCUCCAGAAGUGGCACCAAAGAGGCAACGAACAGGUGAGUCCAUUAUGUGCAUGAUUGGAGAAAUGAGGGCUACUUUCAAGGAUGCUUUGAAGACAACUGAUCCACUUCCACUGCCAAAAGCUACCACUCCUGCUGCAAUUCUUGCUGCACUUCAGUUGAUACCAGACUUAGCAGAGCCAGACAUGUUGCGAUCAUAUGGGAAGCUGAUUCUUAAUGAGCGUUUGUUUGAAGCUCUAAUGGAGUUGCCCAUGGAAAUGAGGAAGGCCUGGCUGUUAGUGUUGCCUUAAAUUUAUCCAAAUGUUGCUUUUCAGCUUGUCUUGUUUAACUACUGGAACCUAUUUGAACUAGUGCGGUGAUGUUAAAUUUAGAACUAUGUGUUGUU